GCCAUUAAACACAUUCGCCCUCUUCAUCCUGUACAAAAGCCAGUCCAGAAGUAAGCUUCACAAUGCUACAAUACUAUCUAAGGAAUAUGCAGGUUCCUGUGCAAAGACCUGAUUAUGGGUUGGUCGAGACUGUGCCACCAGUGGCAGAGGGUGGUACUUAUGAUGUGGUGGAGACAAUGCAGUUUUUGUAUGUCAAUGUUAUGAAGGCAAAGGAUCUUCCAGGGGCGGAGAUAUCAGGAAGUCUUGAUCCAUAUGUGGAAGUGAAGGUUGGGACUGACAAAGGGAUCGUUACAAAGAACGUGGAGAAGAACCAAAGUCCCGUAUGGGAAAGCGUUAUUGCUUUCUCCAAGGAAAGACUGCAGUCCAAUUUGAUUGAAGUAACUGUCAGAGACAAAGACACUGAUCUAGAGGGAAAUUUUGUAGGAAGGGUAUCAUUCGAUGUAACGAAAGUUCCUCUUAGAUGUCCGCCAGAAAGUCCAAUAGCUCCUCAGUGGUAUAAAUUGGAGGAUGAAGACAGUCAAAGGAUCAAAACGGGGGAGAUUAUGCUUGCAGUUUGGAUGGGAACGCAAGCGGAUGAGGCCUUUACUGAAGCUUGGCACUCCGAUGCUCAGAGCUUUAACAGGCAGAGUCAAGUUGAUACACGGUCAAAAGUUUAUUUUUCGCCAAAUUUGUAUUACCUGCGUAUUCAUGUUAUCGAGGCUAAAGAUCUUAUAUCCUCUGAAAAAGGUAGGCAACCGGCUGCAUAUGUGACGGUAGAUGUUGAGAAUGAAAGCGAUAAAACAGAGCCAUCAAAAGAGAGAACCAAUAGUCCAGUAUGGAAUUCUGAAUUGAUGUUUGUAGUGUCUGACCUUUCCGAUGGAUGCAUAUUUAUAGCGGUUGAGGACAAGGUUGGACCAGGCAAGGAAGAGGUAAUUGGAACGCUACUGAUACCUGUUAUAGAAGUUCCACAUAGAGGGGAAAACAAUAAGCUUCCUGAUUCUCGAUGGUUCAACCUCCAAAAUCGUUCGGUGACUGAAGGAGAAGGAAAGAAGAAGAAGGUAAAGGUAAACUGUUGCAGCAGAAUAUGCCUUUCCAUCUGUAUAGAUGCUGGUUACCAUGUUGUGGAUGAGCCCAUUGAAUUUAGCAGCGAUUUUCAGCCUUCUGCAGAACAUUUGAGAAGGUCUAGCAUUGGCUUUCUGGAAUUGGGGAUUUUGAGUGCUCAAAAUCUGCUACCAGUGAAGAUGAAUAAUGAUGGUACAAGUACACGAACUGAUGCUUAUUGUGUGGCCAAGUAUGGUAACAAGUGGGUAAAGACAAGAACCAUUCUUGAUACUCCGACACCUCACUGGAAUGAAAAGUAUACUUGGGAAAUAUACGACCCUUGUACUGUGAUUACAAUUGGUGUUUUUGACAAUUGCCAGAUCAGUGGAUGCAAAGGGAAUGUGAAAGAUCAGAGGAUUGGUAGGGUGAGAAUUCGGCUUUCAACCUUGGUAAUGGGUAAGAUUUAUGCAUAUCGUUAUCCUUUACUCGUUGUUGGACCCCGUGGUUUCAGGAAGCAAGGGGAACUACAUUUGGCAAUUCGAUUCACUUGCACAGCUUGGAGGAACAUGGUGACACAAUACUGUCGGCCUCUGUUGCCCAAGAUGCAUUUUCUUGAACCUAUAACUGCAGGGCAACUUGACAAGAUGCAGUAUCAAGCAGAAAAGAUUGUGGCUGAGGGGCUAGAUGGAGAAGAGCCGCCUCUCCGCAAGGAGACAGUGCAAUAUGUGUUGGACCACUGGGGCUGGCCCAGGUCUCUUAGGAAAAUCAAAGCUAACUUUCAUCGCAUAACAUCACUUCUUUCUUGGAUAUCAGCUAUUUCUCAAUGCUUCCAUGAUAUCUGUCACUGGAAAAAUUCAUUGACAACUAUCGUUGUGCAUGUAUUGUUCUUCAUGCAGGUCCGCUAUCCACUAUCAAUCAUGCCCAACAUUUUCCUCUGCUUUGCUGUCAUUGGCUUAAGAAACUAUCGAUUCAGGCCUAGACAUCCACCUCACCUGGAUGCUCAGCUUUCUUUGGCUGAAGCUGUUGAUGAAGAUGAAUGGGAUGAGGAGUUUGAUACUUUCCCAACUUCUCGGCGAGCAGACGUAGUGAAGAUGAGAUACACCCGCCUGCGGAGUGUUGCAGGUUUGAUUCAAACUGCAAUGGAAGACGUGGCAAUGCAAGGGGAAAGGGCUCUUUCCAUGGUAAGUUGGAAGGAUCCAAGAGCCACAGCCGUAUUUAUCAUGUUCGUCUUUUUCUGUUCUCUGGUCUUUUAUGUUGCUCCGAUGCAAGUAGUUCAGCUCACUGGGCUGUACUUGCUUCGACAUCCUCUGUUUCGGAGCAAAGUUCCAUCUCAAGCAGUCAAUUUCUUCAAUAGAUCACCUACCAAAUCCGAUGUGCUGCUAUGAGAUGGCAACUUUGUUGCCUGCCAACAUAUCUAAGUGGUAAAAACCAGAAAUGGAAGCAACUGUUUUCCUACUUUCAUAUCGAUGUCUUCCUUUUUUUUCCCUGCUUCUUUGACCUGUUUCCCGAUGGAAAAGGAUAUUCAAUUGGAGUGAGGUGUCAUAAG